CACCCCCUCCCGCUGCCGUCCUCGCCCCGCAAGCGCCGGCCCUGGCGCCAACACGUAUCCCCCUCUCUUUCUCCCUCCUCGUCAUCCUCCUCCACCCCCCAGCGCUUCGCGAAGCAACAUCUCGCCCCCCUCCUCGUCAUCCUCCUCGGCCUCUCUAUCCCCCUCUCUAUCCCUUCCUUCCACUUCCCUUCUCCUCUCCCCGCCCCACGACACCUCAUUUUUUUCCCAUUGGUGUCGUCGAGGAGAGCGACGAAGCGAAGGACGCCGCCAGAUCUAGGGUUCCGCGGCGGAGCUCUACCUUCUAGAACCCCCGCCAUCCCCGAGCGCGAGUCACCGCCAUGAGGGCCACCGGGGAGCACACCGCCGCCGUGCCUAUCCCCGCCCCGCCGCUGCCGCCUCUGGCGUCCGCGGCCGAGGACGCAGAGAAGGAGAAGAGGAGGAACCGUCGCCGCCCCAAGCAGGGGGGCACGGCCCCCGUCGCCGCGCCACAGGGCCCGGACGCGGACGCGGCGGGGCCGAGGUCGUGCAGAUCGAUGACGCCCAUGUACGUGGGCGGCACCCGGCUCGACGCCGCCGAGGUGGAGGCGUCCACAGCGGGGACGAGCCAGUCCUGCCCUCUGCUGCCUGCGCCGAUCCGCCCGGAGGCUUCGGUGGCGAGAGUCGACUGCGGUGCUGCCGGGAGGCGGUACUUCCAGCCUCACUUGCCUGAGCAGGCUGUGGAGGAGGCCAUCAAGAGAGGGAAUGUGUUUGUGGGGAAGUUCCGUGUGAAUGCACACAACCGAAACGAGGCGUACUGCACGAUUGAUGGCAUCCCGGUGGAUAUUCUCAUUACAGGGUUGGCACAAAACAGAGCGGUUGAAGGUGAUCUUGUUGCUAUUACACUGGAUCCUGUUGUUUACUGGACCAGAAUGAAAGGACCGAAUGUUGCAUGCAACCCUCUGAUGGGAGGAGAUUCUGUGGUUCACGAGGUUGGUGAAACAAAUGGGAAUCAUGGUUGGAAGAAAGGACAGGCAGAUGUCAGCUGCAGGUUUGAAAAUUGCAGUAAUGGUGUGCCUGUUUUGGACAGGAUGCAUCUCCAUCACAAGAACAGUGGUUUUAGUCAAGCUGUUAAGUGUGAAAAUGGGAAUGCUACUGUCCCAGAAAGUUACAAGAGAGACUUGAAUGAUGGAAAGAGUGAAGCUGCAAGAGCAUUACAAAGGAUCUGUGCCAUGAUAUACUCUCGCCCAAGCAGACGUCCUACUGGGAAAGUAUUAUCAGUCAUAAAGAAGUCCCCGCGCCGUGAUGCUGUUGUAGGUUUCCUUGCUCCUUUCUCAGAGUUCCCAGAUGGGGAGCAACAGAAAACUCAGAUGAGUGUAAAGAGGAUGAACCACAGAGCACAAUCAGAUUUUACAGGCUUGAUUCUUCUCUUGCCUACUGACCCCAAAUUCCCUCAGAUGGUUGUUAGCGUUAGCGCUUUGCCAGAUUGUGUUAGACAGAGCCUCAAAGAAGGUGAUGCAGCUAUAGAGAAGGAAUUGGUUGCUGCACGAAUUGAUGAAUGGAAUGAGGAAAGUCCCUUUCCCUGUGCUCAUAUCAUACAGUUCUUGGGGAAGGGUGGACAUGUUAAAACACACAUGGAUGCUAUAUUAUUUGAGAAUGCAAUACCUGAUCCUGAGUUUUCUCCCGAGUCCAUGGCAUGCCUUCCUGACAUUUGUUGGAUGAUUCCUCAGGAAGAACUUGAUGCAAGAAAGGACUUGAGAAAUGUCUUGACCUUUACAAUAGACCCUCCUACUGCUUCUGAUCUUGAUGAUGCUAUAUCAAUUGAGACACUUCCAGGAGGAAUUGUCCGUAUUGGGGUUCACAUUGCAGAUGUUUCUUACUUUGUCCAUCCAGAGACUGUGUUAGAUGCUGAAGCUCAGAGUCGAUCUACUAGUGUUUACACCUUGCGGCGUAAAAUAUCAAUGUUGCCUUCGAGACUUUCAGAAGAGCUGGUUUCUCUUAAUCCAGGUGUAGACAGGCUUGCCUUUUCAAUUAUUUGGGACAUUGAUCCUCAUGGGAACAUAAUUAGUCGUUGGAUUGGUCGAAGCAUAAUCUUUUCAUGCUGCAAGCUGUCAUAUGACCUUGUGCAGGAUUUGAUUUGUAGUGACUCCAGUCAGUCUAGAUCUGCUGUUUCUUCUCUUCAAGUACAUGGUAUAUUUGAGCAAGAGGAUGUUAUUGAGUCCCUUGCAUGCCUAUACGAGGUCUCACAAAAUCUGAAGGAAAUUAGAUUCAAGGGUGGAGCUCUUUCUCUUGACACUGCAAAGCUUAUGGUCUUGUUUGAUGAAGCUGGGGCACCAUGUGAUAGCUAUCGCUCUGUGAGGAAUGAUGCAUGCUUCAUUGUCGAGGAGCUAAUGUUGUUGGCGAAUGUGUCAGCUGCAGAAGUUAUAUCUAAUGCAUACCCUGAUUGCGCCCUACUUCGUAGGCACCCUGAACCUAAUUUGCGGAAGUUCAGAGAGUUUGAGGCGUUUUGUGCUAAGAAUGGUUUUGAAUUGGAUGCUUCAUCAUCUGGUCAACUUAACCUUUCACUUUCUCGAAUAAAGGAAAAGUUGCAAGAUGAUCUUGUUCUGUUUGAUAUUCUCAUGUUUUAUGCGUCAAAGCAAAUGCAGUCAGCAGAAUACUUUUGCACAGGGGACCUGAUAAGUAGGAAGGAUGAUUGGGCUCAUUAUGCGUUGUCUGUCCCUUUAUACACACACUUCACUUCACCGCUUCGAAGAUAUCCUGAUAUAAUUGUUCACAGGAUGCUGAAUGCGGUAAUUGAGGCUGAACAAGUGUAUCUGAAGCAAAAGAAAUCUUCCACAGGCCAGAAUGGAGUGAAAGCAGCAUCUUGUGAAAUGAUGGACAGAUGUUUUACAGGCCUCCAAUUUAGUAAGGAUGCCGCUGAAUCUGAAGAAGGGAAAAAAGCACUUUCUGCUGCAGCUAAGAAGUUUAAGGUCCCUUCCUCUGAAAAUCUUCGAGUGGUUGCUGAACACUGUAAUGAAAGAAAGUGGGCUGGUCGUCGUGCAGAAGAAGCUGGACAGAAGCUCUACAUGUGGGCUCUGAUAAGGAACAAAGAGAUCGUGGUCUGCAAUGCUAGAGUUCUGGGGCUUGGACCAAGAUUCAUGUCAGUUUAUGUGCCCAAGCUUGCGAUGGAACGGAGGAUAUAUUAUGAUGAAGUUGAGGGCUUAUCUGUUGAGUGGUUGGAAGCGACUGGAACGUUGGUGCUUGAUGCAUGCAGGAACAAGCCUUCUCAAAGGAGAGGAACUCAGGUGAAGUGCAGGGCAAUCGAGGAAGUCGUGAUGCUGGUGAACCCUUCAGAGUCAAUGUUAUCUGAAGAAGAUGAAGAAUCAGGAGCAACAGAAGCUGGCGGCCACACUGCCAAGUCAGUUUUGCUGAGUGACGGCGCAGUGAAAGCUCAGGCUGCCCCAGCUAUCCUGCCCCUGGUGAUGCAUUACCUGAGCGACAUUCCUGUGGUUCUUCAUGCAACUGGUGGUGAGGAUUGUGCGGUGGACAUUGGAGUAAGGCUGUACAUGGCGUCAUACUUCAAGUGAUAGGAAACAUCCCAUUAUGACAGGAAAUAAUCGGUUAAUUUUAGCAUUUUCUCAGUUGAACAAAAGCAAUAAAAUGACGGUAGGCAGACGCCAACUUAGUGCUGUAGAUAUUUCUUUCUUGUAUAGGUAAUUAGCUACUCUUCUCCGUUACUUACCACCCUGUGAGAUUUGAGGGUUUGCGCUGAGUCAAGUGGCUUUCGUUUUUAUUCCCAGGCUGCUUGAUCACCAGGUACUACCAGACUGGCCGAAGAGUGACUCUAUAUCAGUGAUGUAUUUGAUUAGUCUCUUUAAUAUUUUUGUUCUAGUUUGCGAAACCACUUGCAGCUUUUUAACUGGUGGGUUCACUAGGCUGUUCGAUCUGUCGAUUUGCUACUUUGAAAUAAAAGCUUUGUUAAUGACU